AUGCCUUCAACCAUCAAAAACUUACUCCCGCCGCCGGUGGAUUCCUUGUCAUUGGAACAAAUUAGUCGACCAGCCUGCCCCCAAUCGGACUUUCAGAACGAUAUCCUAGUAGUACUGCGGGUGGAUGUAACUGAAAUUCACGAGAAGUUACCGAUUCACUUCGAAACAGUUCUUCGCUGUGUCCCUGACUACGUUAUAUACUCAGAUGCGGAGGAAACUAUAGGCGACCAUCAUAUCUACGAUUUUCUGGGCCAGGCCAAUGAAACCUUGAGGAACGCUAUUUCCGAAUUCGAAUUAUAUAACCAGCUUCAUAUAAGCAUGAGAGAAGAGCAAGAAUGCCAAAAAAGACGACUUGGUAGUACUCCACAGCCCCCAAACAAAAGACUUCAACAAUGGAAGCUUCUGCCGAUAGCCGACCGAGCAUUAAAAUAUAGACCGCAAGCAAGAUGGUUUGUUUUUCUUGAGGCGGACACAUACAUGGUAUGGCCGAACGUCCUAGAAUAUCUUGCUAAAUUCAAUGCUGAACAGCCGUACUAUCUUGGAGGCGGUAUGAAUAUUAGUGAUGUCUUGUUUCCUCCUAAAGGGCUGGGAUUCGCGCUCAGUAAUCCAGCUAUAAAGAAGGUGGCUGAAUACUGGAAGGAGUACCAGAACGAAUGGCGUCAAAGUUCAAACGAACGUUGGGUAGGGGAUAUAACACUAGAGCAUGCGCUUGGGGGCAUAGAGAAAGACCUAAUCCGGACCUUUCCAUACCUACAAGUCAACGGCCUGACUACCCUUGACUGGGCUGUUUUGGGGUCCGAAAAACGGUUCCAGUGCCCUGCGCCGCUAAUUUUCCACCACAUGACAGAAGAAGAGUUUACUACCAUGUGGAAGUUCGAACAGGAACGUUUACAUCGAAAUUGGGGCAAGGGCUUCCUCACUUUUCGCGAUAUAUUCAAACGCUUAAUAUACCACCAGAUCAAAACUAAGCGGGCUAGGUGGGACAACAUGUCAGUUGGGAUUGAGUACAGUGAUAAGACAUUAGGAAGGCUUUCGAACCGCGAAAAAGAUCGACUCUCGCCGGCUGAGCAAGAAGCUCCGUUAUCAUUCGAGAAAUGUCGGGCUGCAUGUGAAAGCAAGCCUACAUGUAUUCAAUUCUCUUAUACCCAAGGGAGCUGCUUGACUUCUGGCGAGUUGCGAUUAGGACAUACGGUAGAUUCGAAAUGCGCAAAUUCCUCAAGGGUACCUGAAAACUGCGUUGAACAAAGGCCAAUACAAGACAACGAGGAUAUAUAUUCUAAGGACAAGAUACCUAUACAAUCAGGUUGGAUUAUGAAAAGAGUUUCAUCGUACUACCAGAACCUGGAUUGGUCGUGCGAUAAUAGGAGGAAACCACUAUACCACACAAAAAUAGAAGCCGAUAUAUAGGUGAUGAAAUAUAUUUCCAGCGCCGGGGAACAUAUUAAAUAAGUAGCA